AUGUCGACAUCAUUACGAGUCGCGUCCCCCCGAAGAUAUGCUUUGAUCACCGGAGCAUCUCGGGGUAUAGGCGCUGCAAUUGCCCUCCGUUAUGCCCAAGAAGGUAUUCAGUGUAUACUUGCUGGAAGAAACUACCAAUCACUUGAAAAAGUAAGAGUUAGCCUAAAUCACAGUGCCAUUGAUGGCCAAAUGAAGCACCGAAGCCUUGUGGGUGAUGUCAGAGAUGAGAGCUUUUGGGGGGAGAUCAAGAAAGAGAAGCAUAUCAAUAUAUUAGUAAAUGCUGCAGGAAUUACUCAUUUUUCGCCUUUGGUGGUCACUAGCUCAGUCCUUUUGCGUGAGGUGCUCGAGAUCAACUUACUCGGGACCAUCCUGGGUUGUAAGUUUGUAGGAAAGAAUAUGAUAGCCCUGAGAGGAGGAUGUAUCAUAAAUAUUGCAUCCCUUCUCGGCGUAAGGGGCGGCAAAGGAAGCACAGCAUAUGCUGCGAGCAAAGCGGGCGUAAUUGGUCUGACAAGAUCACUGGCAACUGAGAUGGGUGAGAAGAAUGUUAGAGUUAACGUAAUAUUACCUGGUUACAUUGAUACAGAAAUGACUGAAGCCAUGACCCCGGACGCACAUCACCUAGCCCUGGAAAAUAUACCACUCAAACGUUUCGGAAAAGCCUUUGAAGUUGCAGAUGCUGCUCUCUUCUUGGCUAACAACAACUAUGCUAAUAACUGUGUACUCAACCUGGAUGGAGGAUUGAGUGCCGUGUAG